AAGUAAAAGGUCCUAGAGAAAAAAAAAACAGCCAAAAAUAUAAGAAGAAAAUGUCACUGUCAAUUGUCAUUACGCAAUUGGUUUUUUGGAGGAAAAUAUUGAAAAUAAAAUUUGAUUAAUCUUAUUUAAUAUACAGAGGGUUUUAUAAAAUGUGGUUUGAAAUUUUGCCUAGUUUCGGCAUUAUUUGCGUAGUGAUGGCCGUUCCUCAUGCAUCUGCCUACCUAAUAAACAAGGUGGCUGUCGGGAACAUGUUCCGGAGGAACUUAGUUGAACGUGAACAUCGAUUCCACUACAUGAGGGAUAUAAGACUAAAUGGAAACGCAUACAAAGUUCAAGGUUUAGAAGCAAUUCCCGACAUGUGAAAUUUGGGUCAGAGACAGGAUCAACUCAAAGUCAGUAGGAUAUUAUUAUUUGUAAAUUUAUUGUAAAAUAUACAACUUAUAUUAA